UUUUGUUGUUGUUUUUGUUCAGGUUUGUUUUUCUUCUUUUUCAUUUAUAUGUUGGUAAACAUUGUUUCUAUUAAAAACUUUGUUUUAUUUUUGAUUGUUUUUGCUUCUAUUGUUUCUGUUAAACAAAACAUCGAAAACAACAACUUAAACAAAAUGUUGUUAAUGAUGUUUUUGUUGUUUUUGUUGUGUUGUUUUGUUGUUCGAGUUUGUUUGUUUAAGUUUUUCCCCUUAUUUUUCUCAUUUAUUCAACAAAACAUGUUGAGAAACAUUUUAAAAACAUCCGAUUUAAAACCUCAAAACUUUUUAUCAAAACAUUGUUUUAUGUUGUUUCAUUUUCAAGUUUUCUUUCUUCCCUCUUCAUUUCUUCUUCAUCUUUAUAAACCUCCCAAAAACUCGUUAUAUUUUUAA